AAUUGGUAAUGAGAAAGAUAGAGUGAAAAAAACAAGUAGUGCUUCAAAAUAUAUGCUGUGAUGGGUGCUGAAGCCACACCUCCAACGGUGGCACCAUUGAACUCACAGAGACAAGAGCAUUGGAAACAUUUUGAUGACUCUGUGAAUUCGGUUUAUUUUGGGCUUGUUGCCACUGCCAUCCUCAUUUCAAUGUUUCUUCUUCUGGCCAUCUUUGAGAAGUUUCUUAGGCAAAGAUCAGCUGAAUCCAGUGCUCGAACUUCAAUGGAUCUUGAACAACAAAUGGACUUUGGAGGAAAGCUCGAGAAUCCAAAACCCAAGAUGACCAUUAAUGAGAGAGGUGUAUUAGUGUUGAUGCCUGGCCAGCAGAUUCCUACAGUCAUUGCACUUCCUGCUCCUGCAUCAUGUUGCCCAGAACCAAUCUCAUGGCCUAUGCAACAUAACCCAUGCUUCGCUGCACCUUCAGCAUCAGUGACAGACUAUAAUCUAACGAGUAACUAGAAAAAGAGAUGGUUCAUCCUUUUGGUCUCUGUGGCAACAAUCAUGCUCAUAUAUCAUUCAGCAGUGUGUAAAUUAAUGCCUCUAGAGAGACUCAUCAGUCAUUUGGAUCAUAAAUAACAGAAUGACAUCUUUUUUACCACACAAACGGUUGAUAUCCCUUUUUAUAUGGAUCUGCUACUUAGUGAUCAUGUGAAAUUU